CGAGUCCUCCAAAAUCAAAUCGGUCCGUACAGUUUCGUCUUCGAGAGCCCUUCCAAAGUCCCCCCCCAAAAUGGCGCCAAACUCCUAAUCUUCUUCUCUCCAACACUUCUCUCUCAUCCUCACUUGAUCCUUCUCUCUCUCUCUCUCUCUCUGAGAAUGCAGCGCCAGAAGUCUAUACUGUCCUUCCUUCAGAGACCUUCGCCGGAAAACCAGAAAAACGGCGGAGACGCACUCGAAGGCCGGCGAGUCCCUCAUUUUCCGGCGAAGCAACACAACAAAAACACCGUAGUAGCCAAUCAAGCUACCGUUUCGUCAACAUUGGACUCCUCUGUUGAAAUCCGAGGAACUGACACUCCGCCGGAGAAGGUGCCACGUCAGAUUUUCCGGACGAGCUUCGCGGCAAAUGAAAACAGCGAGAGGCCUUCUCUGUUCUCCAGCAUUAAGCACAAGUUCGUGAGGGUCGAUGAUAAGGAAAAGUCCUGUGAUGCGUCUUUUGAAUUUCUAGGGAACCAAGUGAAUGGUGGUUCCAUCAAUGUUUGCCCAAUUACUAGUAAAUCAAGUAACUUGGAAGCAUUGCUUUGUGAAGUUGCUCCUUCUGAACAUGUUGGGAAGGGAAAUAUACACAAUUCUAAUGGAACAGAUCGUCGAGGGGAUAAUGGGUGUCCAUUGGUUAUAGAAGAUGAUGAUGAUGAUAUUCUUGGGCCAGAAACACCAGGUAUGCGGCCUCUUGUUCCGCGUUUGAAGCGAAUUCAAGAGGACAGUUGCAACUUUAAGGAUAGAAGUGAUUGCUCCUUGCUGGAUUCGAGCAAACGAAUUAAAAAAGAUUCAGAGGCCGGAAAUAGAAAUCUUGCACAGCUGUCUGAAACAACUAGUAAGUUUGAAUGGCUUGAUCCAUCUCGGAUCAGGGAUGCUAAUGGAAGAAGGCCCGGUGACACUCUAUAUGACAAGAGGACACUCUAUAUACCUCCCGAUGCUUUGAAAAAAAUGUCGGCAUCUCAAAAGCAGUAUUGGAAUGUUAAGUCUCAGUAUAUGGACGUAAUGAUUUUCUUCAAAGUGGGAAAAUUCUAUGAGCUCUAUGAACUAGAUGCUGAAAUUGGCCAUAAGGAGCUUGAUUGGAAAAUUACAAUGAGUGGUGUGGGAAAAUGUCGACAGGUUGGCAUCUCUGAGAGUGGGAUUGAUGAGGCUGUUCAGAAGUUGAUUGCUCGUGGGUACAAAGUUGGCCGAAUGGAGCAGUUGGAAACGUCUGAACAAGCAAGAGCCAGAGGUGCUGCAUCUGUGAUCCAAAGAAAAUUAGUUCACGUAUUCACACCAUCAACCUUAAUUGAUGAUAACAUUGGGCCUGAUUCUGUUCAUCUUCUCGCUAUAAAAGAGGGUAACUGUGAACUAGGCAGUGGUUCAACUACAUAUGGCUUUGCUUUUGUUGACUGUGCUGCUUUAAAAUUUUGGGUUGGUUCUAUUAGCGAUGACACUUCCUGUGCAGCAUUGGGGGCAUUGUUGAUGCAAGUGUCGCCUAAGGAAGUUAUAUAUGAAAGUCACGGGCUGUCCAGAGAAGCUCAAAAAGCACUCAAAAAGUACACAUUAACAGGAUCCACUGCAUCACAACUGACUCCAGUACAGCCAGCCAUUAAUUUGGUGAAUGCUUCUGAAGUUAGAAAUCUAAUUCAGUUGAAGGGAUACUUCAAAGGGUCUAGUAAUACAUGGGAUCAGACUUUUGAUGGUGUUAUGCACCAUGAUCUUGGAUUAUGUGCUCUUGGUGGACUUAUUAGUCAUCUAUCCAGGUUGAUGUUAGAUGAUGUUUUGCGUAAUGGAGAUAUUCGACCAUACCAAGUCUAUAAGGGUUGCCUUAGAAUGGAUGGGCAGACACUGGUUAAUCUUGAGAUUUUUGGUAAUAAUGCUGAUGGUGGUCCAUUAGGUACACUUAACAAUUAUCUUAAUAACUGUUUGACAUCAUCUGGUAAGCGGCUUUUAAAGAACUGGAUCUGUCAUCCUCUGAAAGAUGUAGAGCAAAUCAACUGUAGGCUUAAUGUUGUUGAGGAGCUAAUGGCACAUUCAGAAUUUAUGUUACUCAUUGCUCAAUAUCUUCGUAAGCUUCCAGACUUGGAAAGGUUGCUUGGACGGGUUAAGGCUAGCUUUCAGUCAUCUGCUUCACUUGUACUGCCUUUGAUUGGCAGAAAAGUUUUGAAGCAGCGAGUAAAAAAGUUUGGGGCUCUUGUUAAAGGCCUACGUGUUGGAAUGGAUUUGUUGUUACUUUUGCAGAAUGAGGGGCACAUGAUCUUAUCAUUAUCGAAAGUUCUAAAGCUUCCAUUGCUAAAUGGUAAUGAUGGGAUUGAUAAAUUCCUUGCUCAAUUUGAAGCAGCUAUAGAAAGUGACUUCCCCAACUACCAGGACCAUAAUGUGAUGGACUCAGAUGCUGAUAUACUCUCAAUUCUGAUUGAGUUGUUUAUGGAGAAAGUUGUUGAAUGGGCUCAAGUCUGCCAAGCCAUAGAUUGUAUUGAUGUACUAAGAUCUUUUGCAGUCACUGCAAGUUCUGCAUGUGGGGCUAUGUCGAAACCUGUCAUUUUACCUCUUUCUAAAUCCACUGGUUUAUGCCAAGUAACCAGAGGACCAAUUCUUAAAAUUAAAGGACUGUGGCAUCCUUAUGCCCUUGGAGAGAAUGGCGAACUACCCGUUCCGAAUGAUGUAUACCUCGGAGAGGAUACAGAUGGCCAUCACCCCCGAUCUUUACUAUUGACUGGACCAAAUAUGGGUGGAAAAUCCACCCUUUUACGUGCUACAUGUCUAGCUGUUAUACUGGCACAGCUGGGCUCUUAUGUGCCUUGUGAGAUGUGUGUUCUUUCCCUUGCGGAUAUCAUUUUCACGAGGCUUGGUUCCACUGACCGAAUCAUGACUGGCGAGAGUACUUUCUUCAUUGAGUGCACAGAAACAGCAUCAGUUCUUCAAAAUGCCACACAAGAUUCUCUGGUUCUUCUUGAUGAAUUAGGUCGAGGAACAAGCACCUUUGAUGGAUAUGCUAUCGCAUAUGCUGUAUUUCGUCAUCUUGUUGAGAAGGUCAACUGUCGGUUACUCUUUGCGACACAUUAUCACCCACUGACAAAGGAGUUUGCUCAUCAUCCACAUGUUAUACUACAACACAUGGCCUGCACUUUCAAGUCAAAAUCUGAGAACUCAUCUGAAGGAGUUGAGGAUUUAGUUUUCCUGUACCGGCUGACCUUUGGAGCAUGCCCAGAGAGCUAUGGAAUGCAAGUGGCACUCAUGGCCGGGAUCCCAAAACAGGUGGUUGAAGCUGCAUCAAGAGCUGGACAAGUGAUGAAAGAAUCGAUUGGGGAAAGUUUCAAGUCGAGUGAGCGGAGGUCUGAGUUUUCGACUCUACAUGAAGAGUGGUUGAAGACCCUCUUAGCUAUCUCAAAGACUGAAGAAGGCAAUUUUGAUGAUAAUGAUGCAUUUGACACAUUGUUUUGCUUGUGGCAUGAGGUGAAAAGCUCAUAUCAAAUGGGUAAAUAAGAGGACGAAGCCAAAUAGUCUGGAUUGUUGAAAUUUGGAGCAGUAUGACAAAAUCUUGACAUGGUUAAAGCUUGUUUCUCUUGUUGGAAGAGAAUGCAAUGGCUACACUAUUUUGCUCACUCUUGUAAAUGUUUAAUUUGGUUGUAUUAUAAAUUGGUAUGCUGAAACUCGAUCUCAACCACACUAUUCUCAACGCACCCUAAAUGACAUGAUUUAGUGGGAACUUGAUGUCAACCACACAAUCCUCAACACACUCUAAAUGACACGAUUUAGCGGGAAUUUUGAAACACAAUCAAACGGUUGAAAGUGUAUCGGAACAAAGGAGCUGAAUUCUGUGUAGUUAGGAGCAUGUGGUAAUGUAUAUUAGGGUUGGGCACGGCCGGUGACCCGCCCAUUCCAACUCGCAUUUUAAA